AAGGGGAGGAGAAAAAUGUUUCCUCGUUGUUGACGUUAAGCUGUCAAGCUGACGUUAGUUGGCUGAUUAAAAAGGAGAAGUGUGAAAGGCAGCUGAACCCCCAAAGACCUCCUGGUACAGCGACAUUAACCUACUCUUGGAUCUGUCGUCAACAUGUUGUCAGAAGGAAGCUCUUUCAUGAAGGGGAUGGUCAUGGGAGGCCUCUUCUGCCUGGUGCUGUCCCUCAUGGGCAGUUUCAGUCCCAUCAGCGACUACAAGACAGACAACCAUCACCAUCACCACGUCAAAGCAGCAAGUAAAGAGGAGCUUAGCAGACGCUUCUCUGACAGUCAAGUUCAGGGAUUAAACAAUCAAAUUCGGGUCUAUUGCGUCAUCAUGGUCCAGCCAAAAAACCUUAUUUAUUGGGCAACGGUUAUAGAAACCUGGAGCAAACACUGUGACAAGGCCGAGUUUUACACAUCAGAGUCAUCUAAGGCACUUGAAGCGAUUGACCUUAAAGAAAAGGAUGACUGGGCGAGGUUGCGUAAAGCUCUCAAGCAUGCUUAUGAGAAUGCCGGGGACUUGCGCUGGUUCUUUGUGGCCCAGCCCACCACCUUUGCCAUUAUUGAAAAUCUAAAGUAUCUUAUUCUCACAAAGGAUCCAAAUGAACCAUUCUACCUGGGGAAAACAAUGAAGUCUGGUGAGCUUGACUACGUUGCAUAUGAUAGCGGAAUUGUUCUGAGCUACGAAGCUCUGAAAAGGCUCAUCAACGUGUUCCAGGACGAAGACAAAUGUCCAGAAAAAGGCCGCGCCCUGUGGAAACUGAGUGAAGACAAGCAGCUGGCCGUGUGUCUCAAAUACACCGGCGUGUUUGCUGAAAAUGGAGAAGAUGCGCACGGAAAAGGCCUGUUUAACAGCAGGACUGUGGACAGCUUGAUAGCAGAUAGUAUCAAGGACAACCCGAACGAUGUGGUGGAGGGCUGCUGCUCCGACUUGGCGGUCACAUUCAGCGGGAUGUCCCCGAAUCAAAUGCACGUCAUGAUGUUUGGCGUUUACAGACUUCGCCCAUACGGGCACGACUUUCACGACUCUUUAGCAUUCUACCCUCCAGAGGGUUCAGACAAUGAUUAGACGCAUUCCUUCAACCUGGAUGUCAUGUUUUUAAAUACUGUUUUGCUGCUGUGAUGGCACGCCGAACUUUAGGGUAAAGUCUUUCUAAAGCUGUUUGUAAAGUUGGACUCUGUAUGGGAACUUUUAUGUACAUUUGUACUUUUUGCACUUGACCUAAUCCAAAUGAGGGGAGUUUAGUCUUUUGAAUGAAAACAGAGCUGGGAAACCGUGUAAUUUCAGACUUUUUCUUUUUUUUUUAGGUUUCAACUGUCAUUCCACACACAAAAAAAAACUAUUUUAGACAUCAGCUGGGUUGUUUGAGUUUGCAUGUUCUCUAUGAUCUUCCUUGAAUUUUCUCAUGUUUUGGGGCUUCCACCAACAGUAAUAAAAAAACAAACUAUCUCAACUGAAUUAGCAGGAAUUGGGGGGUGGAGAGAGAGUCCAUGCUAGCGUUGCUUUGUUUCUGAGUACUUUUGUACCGAGUCCCCUUGUGAGGGUAAAGGAAUAGAUUCAAACAUUUGUGCUGAACCCCUUUUAGUGGGACUGAAGGAACCUGCUCGUUUUAUAAUGUGCUUUCAUCAGAACAGUGAGACUGUUGGUGAUUGUCAGAAAAAUACUUGAAAUAAAGGUUUGGUUUUUGGCUUCA